ACAAUAACAACAGCUGCACUUAUCACACGGCUGACUUCAGAAACGUGACGUGAUGAUGACUUAAGAAAGCUAUGUUCCUGCGCCUUGCCGCUGCGAAUCUGUUGCACUUGUUUUAAUGGCUGAUCGGCUUUAUUUUGAGGCGAGGGGUUGUUUUGCGCGUCAACAAUAAGGAGCAUGCUGUUGGAGCGGCGGCGAGCGCGUUAAAUGAGCGCAUUUCACUCAAUGGGAUUUUUAUAUUUAGCUCUGUGAGGGACGCACUGGACAAGCAGCAGAGCAGCGGAAAGAGGAGACCCCGAUCCCGCUGUUGUCUGACAUUUUGAUCCCUUUGAGGCCGUUUCGAGUCCCCCAAAACUUGUCGUUCGUAUCGCGGUGCGCGUUAUCAGGCUAUGUGGUGGUGACGGCGCUGUGUGUGAGGGGGAAUAGCGCAAAUUGAUCUACAGCUCCGGGGCGAAAAGAUGAUGAUGGCCGGUGGUGGCGGAGCAGCCGUGGACCAUAACGGGAUCUACUCAAAUCCUAACCUCCACAGCCUGCAGCAGCCCCUCAUGGAGGCUGAUAACCCGGACUCCCGCAAACGACCGCUGGAAACUCCGGCGGAGGAGGCCGGCUGCACUAAGCGCACCAACACCGGAGAGGAGGGUGAGUACUUCCUGAAGGUGCUGAUCCCCAGCUAUGCAGCCGGCUCUAUAAUUGGCAAGGGCGGCCAGACCAUCGUACAACUGCAGAAAGAGACGGGUGCCACCAUUAAGCUGUCCAAAUCCAAAGACUUCUACCCAGGAACAACAGAACGCGUCUGUCUGAUACAGGGUACAGUCGAAGCCCUCAAUGGUGUCCACAACUUCAUUGCGGAGAAAGUCCGCGAGAUGCCCCAGAGUGCCCAGAAACCCGAACCAGUCAGCAUACUGCAGCCACAGACCACUGUCAACCCCGACCGCGUCAAACAGGCCAAACUGAUCGUGCCCAAUAGCACAGCUGGGCUGAUCAUUGGUAAAGGUGGAGCUACAGUGAAAGCAGUGAUGGAGCAGUCAGGGGCUUGGGUGCAGCUCUCCCAGAAGCCAGAGGGCAUCAACCUGCAGGAGAGAGUGGUAACCAUCAGUGGGGAACCUGAACAGAACCGCAAGGCUGUGGAAAUCAUAGUGCAAAAGAUCCAGGAGGACCCUCAGAGCAGCAGCUGCCUCAACAUCAGCUAUUCCAACGUCUCGGGCCCAGUGGCUAACUCCAACCCCACCGGCUCCCCCUACGCUAAUACGGCCGAGGUGCUGCCCAAUGCAGCUGCAGCAGCUGCCACUGCCUCCAGCCUUCUGGGUCAGGCCGGCUUGACAGGAAUGGGCGCCUUCCCUGCUGCCAUGUCCAGCUUCUCUGGCAAUGAUCUGCUGGCCAUCACCUCAGCCCUCAACACGCUGGCCAGCUACGGCUACAACACUAACACCCUCGGCCUAGGCCUCAACCCUGCAGCUGCUUCUGGGGUCCUUGCUGCAGUAGCAGCUAGUGCUAACCCGGCUGCUGCUGCUGCGGCUAACCUACUGGCCUCCUACGCUAGCGAUGCCUCCAGCAGUGCUGGCCACCCUGCUACAGGCCUUGGGGGGUUCUCCUUGGGUUCUCUAGCAGCUGCUACAGGGGCUUCCAAUGGUUACCUAAAUGCUUCAUCCCCACUGAUGGCCUCCUCCCUAUUGGCAACAGAGAAGCUAGCAGAUGGGGCCAAGGACGUGGUUGAAAUAGCUGUUCCAGAGAAUCUGGUCGGUGCCAUUUUAGGGAAAGGGGGGAAAACGCUGGUAGAGUACCAGGAGCUAACAGGAGCCCGCAUCCAGAUCUCCAAAAAGGGAGAGUUCAUUCCUGGUACUCGGAACCGUAAAGUUACCAUAACAGGGUCGCCAGCCGCUACACAAGCAGCGCAGUAUCUGAUCAGCCAGCGGAUCACUUAUGAGCAGGGCGUGCGCGCUACCAACCCACAAAAGGUGGGCUAAAAGGAAAAAGAAGAGGAAAGAAGGAAAGGAUGAAGACAGAGUUAGAAGGGAAUUGAGAGGGUCACGAUGAAUAGAAAAAAGAAAUGUCCAAAUAUCUGUUAAAUAUUUCAGUAUUAAAUGAGAGAAUCACAAAGGAGGAGGUGGGGGAGACAACCAAGAUAAGUGUGUGUGAUAUGUGAAUGUGUUUUUAGGACUGAUGUCCUGAUGUUUUUUAAAAGUUUGUGUCGAGUCCUUUUGACGAUGGUGAUCAGAGUAAGCUGAACUGGUCCACUGCCAAGCUGCAGAUUCAAGGGUGAGGCCGCAGGGUAUCACCCUCCUCCAAAACCUCAUAGCUGUUUUAUUUUCCUUUUUCUGUUUGGGUUUUGUUGGUUUUAAUUUCAGUUGCAAACCUCAGCUCCCGGUGAGUUGAGCGUGUGAGAUGAAGUUCCAGCCAGCUGAUAGAGCUGUUUUACAAACCUUGCUCUUUGUAUACAAUGCAGAAGGCAUUGUUAACAGGGGAGAGGUUUUAUGACAAGCACCUGAGGUCAUCUCAGUUUAUGGGGAAGCAAUCUGAGUAUAAUUUCUUCAAAGAAAUCAUAUCUAUGUUGACAUAUGUUGAAUUCUGGCUCAUAUCAUGAUUGAAGUUUCUAAAUUUGGGUAUUUUAUAUUUUCAUCCUUUAUUUAUUGACAUGGUCUCAUUCAAACACAAAUAGAUAAUUUAAACCUGUGAAUGCAGGUUGAUCUGAAUGUAAAAACAAUAUUAGCCUAUUGCUAUUUUUUAUUUACAGGGAUCAAAUAUUGUGUUGCAGUGAAAGAAAUGUAUAACUCAAACCCAGUCUGAACUUCACUGUUGCUGUCUGCAAGUAUAGUUCAGGGGUUAAAUAAUCAAUGUGAGAGGAUAGAGGAGACACACAGGAAUGUAUAAAUAUAUUUUACAUGAACACACAUAGAUAAUGCUCCCACAAACCCACAAACUCUGAAACGUAUUUGCAUAUUCAGUCACAGCUACAAACACACAGAAAUAUGUUGUUGUUUAACCCUUUCUUGGUGCUAUAGGAUUAGAUUUAUAUCUACUUUACCAUGAAAUCAGAAUCUCUCUGGCGACUAUUCUCUCUACUUGAUUUACUUGAUGUGUCGUCCAGCCAUUAGUAGCCCGUUGGAUCUGACCCAGCCUCUCACCUAAUGAAAAAGGAUUGAUUUCAGCAUUUCAUGAUGAAAAGCAAUCCAGUCUUAAUAUUUCCAUCCUCACUCCCAAUGCAGGUCUUUUUUUCCCCCUAAAAAUUGGCCAUACUCUACAUUUUACCUGACAAUAUUUUUGCCUUAGUCACACAUUUGUAACUCCCAAGAAUUAACUUAAAGCUCAGACUACCUUGAAGCAGUGUCUAACCAGUUCAGUUCGCAAAGAGAACUAAGCACUACAAAAGCAUUUUGAUAAGAAAAACUGUAUGAACCAAUAUCUGUGAACAAAGAAAGAAUCUAUUGCCUUUACAUUAAGGGUACCAAAUAGUCAAGAGACAUACACUAAUGAAAGGGAAGUAGAAUGACACUUGAAAAGAAGGUUUGGACUCACUUUUUUCUGUGAGCCAUCCUUCCUAAUUUGUAUCAAGACAAAAACAAACAGACUCUGCAGUUCAUCCAGGCAGACUGUUAUCGUUCUCAAAACACGUUAACGCUCACUAACUUUAGGUGGAGCACGUAAUAAAACAUCAUGAAAUGUUUUGGCAUCGUUGUCUUUUAUGGGCAAUUGUUUGUCUAAUGCAGGGAGGCUAAUUGUCUAGAGCAUUUCCAAGCAUUCGAAGAUUACCUUGGCUUCCUUCUGUGCUGCUAUCCAUGGUGUUCAUCCUGAGUACACUGGGUCUCUGAAGACUGCACUGUGAGACAUUAAGAACACAAUGUAAAGCGUGUCUGUCCCUGCUGGGAUGUGAGUAUAUUUUAAUGUGCACAUCUAUGUCACAUACACAAGACCUACCAAUACUGACAGAAGGGAUCUCUCCACAAGAGCAUUUAUACUCCAGCGUCUUGUGAUGUUUCUGUUUACCAGUACCAAUGCACUGCACUUAAAUUAGCGAACCACAAAUUAUUCCCACCACAUUUUCCUGCACUGUAUUCUCCAGUCCUAUUACGUCCACUUCCCCACUCUAGAGACAUCUUUCAAUUGUCCCCAUCAACCCAAGCUCUAUGAUCAGCUUCCUGAAUACACGGCUGUGAGGGUUGGUGCUGAUAAGUGUCCAAGCAAAUCAGAACCACUCCCUUUUUUGGGAAAGUUAAUGAAUAGCGUGUUCUCUUUUUCUUUUUCAUAACUCAUGUUUGAAAGUAAAUGGAUUUGAAAGUGUUUGAAGCAACUCUUUGUGUCUGAACAUUAUGCGUGGCAAUUGCAACAGCGAGCCUUUCUUCCUGACUGAAAUCGUUCCUUUCACUACGUGUCUGGAAGGCUUCACAGUCAUCCAUAACUACAAUGUGGCCACUAAUGAAAUCAUAGCAUAGAUAACCUUUUACUGCCCAAGAAUUUAGCAUAUAAUAAGAUACAAGCACAAAACAAGGGGAUGUUUUAUCAAUGCAACUGGACUGCAUGACUGCAGAGAGCUCCCCUUCAAAGCUCUCUGAUCUAUACAUUGUGCCAAAUACUAUUUCUCUCUGCCCCUCAUUAACUUUCCUCUUUCUCUCAACAUUUUAUUCCCCUUGCAUGAUGCUGUUUCUCACUGUUCCGGGAUUCCUCCUGUGUCCUAAUCCCUGUCCGUGCUUCUUCCUACACUGUGCUCUCCCCCUCUUUCUCCUUCCUCCUGUCUUGUCUUCUCAUGGGCGGUGUGUUGGGUGUGCUGCUGGUGGGAGUUAUGCACUAUAGGUCAAAAGGGUAUGAAAAUAUUUUCCCAGGCCGUAGAGUUCACAAGGCUAAAAUGCACAGAAAACACCUGCCUCCAAAACUGUGACACCCACAAGACCAACCAGCAACGUUAGCUCAAAGUAUCAAAUUCCCUAUAUAAGAAGAACAAGUAGGAUUUACAGAAGUUUAGACUGUGAACUAUGGCCUUUAACGGGAAGAUAAGGUGAUUUUUCUUCCAAAAGGAGGCAAAUCUUGGUUGAAUAUUCAUAUGUUGGCUGAACAAACUGAGCUCAUAUUUCAGCCUCUAAACAAAGCAUAGUAAGGACAGAAUGCAUAAGAUAGUGAGAGUAAGGUGGGAACUUGUUUGUGACCUCAAGCCGAAACAAUGACAUCCUUUAUGCAUAUCCUCUUAUCUGAAAAUGACUAGAAUUCAUUUUUGUGGAAUACAAUAUGUCAUGUCAUAUGAUCUAAAUGUACUUUAUUGUAGCUAUUCUAGUUUGUAGUCCAAAUGCAGUCCAGCGUUGUCGAUACAAUGUGAACUAUGUUAUAUUUGUGUGGAUGAUGAGAGUGCCAACUAAGCCUGAUUAAGAUUAGCUUCGCGAUUUGUUUGUGCAUUAUGAUGACUCAUCAUCAGCCGGUGGUGUCCAUAUUUCUGUCAUUGAUGAUUUAGUUUGACAGUAAGAAAAUGUAAAGAAUAUUGGAAGCAAUAUAGUAGCAUGUUGUCCUGUUUUGUGUUUUAUGUCUGUUGUAUGAACCUUUGAAAUUACUAAGAUUUUGAAUGAAUAGGUUUACAUGUACUUUUUGUAAGUUAUGAAAAUGCUGCUAUUUGAUAAGUAAACUAUACAAAAAUAUUUUAGUUGAAAAGAUGUCUGGUCUGUUGAUUAGAAACAUGCUCUAAAAGGCUGGAGCAUAAAACGAGGUGUAUAGUAUACUAUACAGUACUGGUAAGAUAGUAAAAGUAAUAAUAGACUCCAUAGUACAACCUGUGCCAAACUAGACCUCCGCAGCUUCUGAAUUUGUAGAUGUGCGAUCAAAUGUUAGAUAUCAAUAACUUGUUUAGAAGUGCUGAUCAAGUGCCAAUCAAACACUGUCUUUUAAGUUAAGAAAAGAUAAUCAAAUACAUUACUUAAGAAAACAAAGGACAAAGAACUUUUUGUGCAUUGUUUUAUCCCAUAGUUACAUAGAGUAAGAGUUAAAGAUUGUGAUUUUUAUGGAUCCAUGUUGUUUUACACUCCAUGCAUCCCUUGUGUGUUUGUUUGACCUGUGGCUUAAGUACUGCUGUCUCACAAAUGUCUCUAUAGGCCAGCAUGGACUAAGCAUAACAUGUUAUAAGCAUUCAUAACAUACCAUUAACAAUCAAAAAUGUGUUUGUGGAGUUAGGUGUUAUCUUUUUGCACGUCUUCUAUUGCAUGGUAUCAAAGUAAAUUAUGGAGGAAAAAAAAAUUACAAAAAUUUGCGAGGUGUCUCGCAACAUUCAAAGACAUGACGCUGCAUGCAGUCAAAUGUAAAGCACUUAAGUUUACUCGCCUCAUGUUAAAAAGGUUGUUUUUUAUGUCGUGAGUUGGGAGGGAGCUCAUUAUUGUCAUGUUGGCCCAAAAAAAAGACACACAAACACACACACACACACACACACACACACACACACACACACAGACAUCUCAGAUCCACUCCUCAUCAAUCAAGUUCAUCUCUCUACACGUCAUCAGAGAAGAUAUUUUGAUUUUUAGGUACAGUGAGGAGUAUUAAAAAUGUGAAACAAGCAAACGUGAAAAUGUUAUUCAGUGCAUUGGCUCCUUGUGUUCUGCUCUUUUAGGAUAUCAGGCAUGCAUUUCUUUUAGAAACAGGUUGAACCUCAUAUAACCUGCCCCAUAAUGUUUUUCGGAUUUUUAUUUAUGUCAUAGCUUAAAAGCCCAGAUCUAAUCUAUGAAUGUACCCAUUUAUUCUUUUUUUAUUUCUGUUGAAUGUUAUCAGUCUUUAAUGUAAAUUCAGGGCAGGAAUGUCACAUACAUGUAGAGUUAAUAUCUAUGUCGGAUUUCAGCUAUAGUCAGGUAGGCCUCACACGGCCAUAGUCAUGAACCAGAUAUGUUUUAACACAACUUCCGAUUCGCUGUCAACAUUAUCUUGUUUGUUUGGUGUUGCAUAAAUGCACUUUACUGAUCAGUGGGUCAUAUUGGAAAUGAAAUGAAACAAACUAUGUUGGCUUUCAACAGUUUAUUGGAUUUUGUUUGACAUUAUUUGCUGUUGCUCUUGUGUUACUUUUAUUUAUUAUUUCCUGAUCGUGGUGGGUCUCAUGAACGAUGGAAAGGGCUGGAGUCUCAGACAAAAUAGAAAAGUAGCACCUGUUUCCUCACUUGAAGGUUUCUCCUUCACAUUCCCUUCAGCAGAGGUUUGUGUCAAUCACUGAGUGCUUUGUUUUUAACAUGUGAAACAAGGAGGGAUCUGUAGACAUUUGUCCUUUUGCAUCCUCUUUUGCUUCAAAUCACAAAUUCGAAAAGGGUUUUUAUUUCUUCAGCAAAUUGGGACUGUACCACUGGGCUGAAGGAACUGAGGGAUGCAAGCUCGAGGUCUGGUUGAUACAACGGUCAGAUCUGAGAUACAUAAUCGGCACCAGCAAAAUGAAGAUUGCCUCUGCCACCUCAACAUGAUAAAAAUCACAGAGGAAACCUAUUAGACUUUGAGUGGCCUAGUUACAUGAAUGAUAUUUCUCUCUUUCUAUUGUGUUUUACAAACCCCUGUCAAUGCAGUUACUGCUUCACAUCUGAAUGCCAAACGAAUUACAGUAUCAUUCCAAAAGUUGUUAUGUUUGUUUUUAUUUUCACUCCAAAUGUAUCCCGGACGUUAAUCCGCCCCCCACGGAUCCCUUUCCCAAGAAGGCUAGGACUGGUUUUAAAUGCUACAAAGUGGCAAGGGCUGCUUGCUCCUCUCUUAAAACCUUGUCUCCCUGAGUCUCACUCGCUCAGCCUACAAGAUAUCACGAAUAUUGUUUCAUUACACUGAGCACCUGCUACUGUGUCCGCCCUUUAAAUGAACGGAUUAAAGUAUUUCUGAGCCCUUUCGUCUGAGAAAAUAGAGGAUUCUUUGCCAACCAGACAUGAGGCCAUUUUUGUCUUUGACCCCCUGAACCUCCCAUGAACUUAGUUGACCUUCUCCAUCCCCAAGAACUCAUGUAUGUGUUAUAAAUUUUACAGCACUACUGUCAAACUCUGCAAGACUGUUCGUUUGUUUUCUGGUUAUCUGGACAAUUCUGCAGGGUUGAACGCUUGCUUAAGUGGAAACUGAAGAAAGCAUGUCAGUACCUUGCAACCAUUUUCACAUCAUUGUAAAUUUUCUUUCGGGGUUUGGUUUUACUUUGGUUGACCUCUGUUCUUUCCAUCUCAGAAAAAAAAUGGACUGACAGCAUAAGAUCAAAUAUUCCAAGCUAAGACGAGUGAUGUUUUGUUGAUUGGGUACAUUUCUCUUUGAUAUUAAUGACAACAGUUCUGUCUUUCGUUUGUGAAGAGGAGAAUCAGUGAAAGUCCACAGUGUUAACUACCUAAAGGGCUUUCUAGGACAGCAUUUAUAUGUCUUUUAAAAUGAAAAUGUUCUCUGAAUAUAUUCAGAAAUGGGAGGAAAAUGUCUUCUUGUGCCAAAAUUGUGAAAGCUUUUUAUGGCAAAUAUUGUCAGCAAGAGUGCCAAAUAAUUCCACACUGAGCCAAAAGGCAGCCAGCCUACAUAACUAAAUGUUAGAUCACUGGAAUGGUUACGUCCCAUUUCCACUCCCCUUGAAAAACAUCACCCUAAUUGUAUGACGUUUGAGCUCAUGUACCAUUAUUGUUAUGCUGCCAGUCUGUUUUCUGCUUUUGUCAGAGAAACAUCUAAGAAGCAGUAUAUUUUCUAAAUGAUACACUGUUGAUAAAAAGACAACAGCUACUAUGGUGAGGGAAUGAGAGGAUUUUAAAAGUGUCAUUGUUUUUAUUAUUAGUUUAUUUGAACAUUAUUCAUUAAUAGAUUUAACGGUAAUGACUAUUUAAUGUAACUGUAGUACUGUGUUUGUAAAAGAAAUUCAGUGAGUUGUGUUUUAUGACUCGUGGACUACCAGUGAAGUCAGCAUUUCAGUGUUAAUAAUUGAAUUGUUUUUUAAAGAUUAUUUUUGCGACGGCAACAAAGAGUCAUUAUAAAUGUUCAUUUUAACAUCA